CAGCUCGCAUCCAGCACAACCAAGAUCCAGCACGAUGGCCGACGCAGAAGCAGCAGCAGCCGAGGCAAAGCGCAGACGGGCACAUGAGCGGAAGGCUCGGUACGAAGCACUCAUGAGACCGUGGCCGAUCAAGCUUGCAGCAUCAAAGAGCAAGGGCCGGCACAUCGUGGCAAAAGAAGACCUCGCCGAAGGCUCGCUCGUGAUAUCAGAGACUGCCUCCGGGUUCUCGAUCAUGAAGCCUCUCAUGGACGAAGUGUGUCUCUACUGUCUGGGCCCCUUGAAGGCGCUCGAGCCAGCGACGGACGACGACUCGGCAUUCCUGGGCCCCCAGCGUGGACAGAGAGGCAUCGUCUGCAAAGGAUGUCGGAAGCAAUCGUACUGGUGCUCCGAGGCAUGCCAGAAGCUCGAUGAAUCGCGGCAUUCGCGCGAAUGUGAUAUCUUGAAAGAGCUGCCCGGCAUCACCUCGUCGCAUUCGGUCGACUACGGGCUAUUCCGCUUGAUCCUGGCCAUCCUGACCAACCGGUCCCCCGAGGAUGACGGCUCCGAGGGCUUCGUGCCAGAGGAAUCAAGCGGAGCGGGAUGCAGCGGUCCCACGCCGUUUUCGUACGUUCGGGAUCUAGUUAGCCAUCGCUCUUCGUGCAAGCAGUCGUGGCUCAAUGCCGUGCAGAAUGCGGCCGAGGACCUUUCUUCGCAGUUACCGAGUGAUCUUGCCGCAUCGGCGUCUGAGCUGGUUACGAUGGCAUGCCAGAUCAACUCCAACUCGCACGGGCUGCUGGAUCCGGUCGGCAACACAAACUCGGUGAUCGGGGUUGGCCUCUUCCCGCUGGCGUCGAUGUUCAACCACUCGUGCUCCCCGAACUGCUCGUUCGUGGGCGGCUCGCAUGGCCGCUUGGUGAUUCGGACUCUCCGGCCGAUCGCAAGGGGCGAGGAGCUCUGUGUGAGUUACGUGGACCUGUUCUAUCCCAAAGACAAGCGCCGAGAAAAGCUCCUGGAGACCAAGUUCUUCUUCUGCGACUGUUCCCGAUGCUCGCCAGAGGCCCAGGAGGGCAUCGUCGAUCCGGAUCUGUAUCUGGAGGGAGUUUACUGCCGCGACUGUCGGGAGGGGAUCUACAUCUCCGACAGCAGCGACGACGAACUCAUGAAGUGCUCCAACUGUGGCUCGUCCCUCGAGCGGAGUGCGUUCAACGACUUCCAGGCAGCGGUCGAGCGCGACUUUGACGCAGCAUUUGACUUUGUGAAGGCGCGCCAUACAUCCUCGGCCCUGCAAGCCCUCCAGCGCUUCAGAAAAAAGUACGCCGGGCAGAUCUGUCCGCAGCACCACCACUAUUUCAACUCGCUGGUGCCGCUCAUGAAUUGCUCCAUGAAGGAGCGGAACUUCAAGGAUGCCUCGGGGUACAUCCAGGAGAUCAUCAGAACCAUGGAAGGCUCGCAUGUGAUGCCCGCCAACUGGCCCGAGCUGUCCGACUUUUACUACCAUCUUGGCGACGUCGAAGAGAUCCGGGCCAAAGCCAUUGAAGCCGGGCUCGAGACGGGGCUCGAAACCGGGCUCGAAGGCAGCAAGAGUGCGGAUGACUGUUAUGGCGUAUCCCUCGAUGCUUUCCGGAAGUGCUGGGACAUGCGAAAGGUCGCCUUUGGGGCGGAGCAUGCCAAGACUCUUGAUGCCGAGGAGCAAGUCCAUCGCCUGAAGAGCGCGCGCCACUAA